AUGAAAAUCGUAGCCAUUGACAAAGGUGAAAUUACACCGAUUAGUAACGCCAAUGAGGACCCCACCGGGGUUUGCCACGAGAGCCCCUCCCCCGGUUACAAUACGGACGAUAUUAAUGAGCAUAUCAACGAUUGUGAAAAACCCGAAGGAGUUUGCUCCCGAUUGGGGAAUAAAAUUCUGAAUGACAGUAGUGUAAAUGUCUUACGUAAUAAGGGAGUUCAUGGGGAGAAGGAAAAUUCGUGUGUCUUUAGUAACAUCGGAGAAGGUACCCCCGUGGGUGGUGACAAAUAUGUGCACCGCCCACAGAAUAAUACAGGGUGUUUGCACACUGGUGAGUGUGACAUCGAAAAGGAGACAAAGCGAAUACGAAGGGGCAAUUCCCUUUGGGGAAGAGGAAGAAACGAAACACCUUCAUCAUGGUACCAACGUAGCGAAAAUGCAGAAAAUACAGAAAACGCUGAAUCACUACCCUGUGCUCAUUCUAACUGCUCCGUGAAAAAAAAAAAUAAUUUCCCUAAUGAUGAUAAUUCCCGAUUGGUAAAACCCCCAAUUGGAGAUCUUCCCAACAGGGGUGGUAAGUGUACGUCAAAGGGGAACGAUGGUACGGAUGGAAACACUUAUCGUCCUCGUUCAUGGAAGGGAGGAAGACCCCACUGUAGUUUCCCCUCCCAUGUGGACGAACUUCCUCGUCGGAAGGGAAGAGGGAAGGAAGAAGAAGGAGAAGGGAAGGGAAAAAUCCCCCAGGCGUAUGAAGAAGAAUCAACUGCCCACGGAAUAAAUUGUCUUCCUCUUCCAGAUAGCACCACUGGUAACGGCAAGAGCGAAAGCAAACGGAGCAGGGCAAUUUCCUACCAUCGUGAAAAUGCUAAAGAAGGGGAAAAUCGCCUGCAGAGAAAAAAAAAUGGUCCUAGUUCUUCCUCCUCGACAUUAAUUGGGACGAAGGGAGGAAGAGUACAGGAGCGAAGUGAAAAUGGGAAGAAGCUCACGCAGGUGGGUCCCCGUUCUAUUGACAAGUUGGAAAACCCGUUAGAGAGGGAUCACGGGGAAUAUCUCCUCCGGAGAGAUGCAAUAACAGCGGAAUGUGCGGUACAUGGUAAGGGUAAAAGUAACGUGAAAAGGGAGAGACUCUUCGUAAAUAAGCAAAAGGAUGAAGUGAUGAUGGGAUCAGCUACAUACGACAGGGGGGAAGGACCCAUCUGGAACGGAAAUGAAAAGCUGGAAGAGGACAAAAGGAGAAAAAGAGGCAGAUGGGUAGAAAAUGAAAAAAAAGUGUGCAUGGGGGGAGAAAAGAACGAAUCUUUGAAGGAUACUCAUACGAGAGACAAGAAGGAAGAAGAAUCAUCCCCCGUGAGAAGCCUCCUCGUGUUUGAUGAAAUCACCAACACGUGGAACAUCCUAUGGAAGUGUGGAAGCGUAUCAAUUAUAAAAAGCUAUAGCAUAGAUGUGGGGGGUUCUGCAUCUAGGCAUGUAGCAAUGAACGAUCUCCAAAGUAUUAACAACCUGUAUAGUGAGGUGUCCACUGGUGGGGACUACAUCUCUCCUGAGAACACAUGGGAGCUUAUGAAAUGGAAGAUUUACAAAAAAUUUGGAGAAAAAUACUUUUUUAUAGGAAAAGAUUAUGAUUGGAUGAAUGGAAGAAUGAGUGGGGAAAAAAACAAAACGAAAGAGUUGGAACAGGAUAAAUCAGGCGUAGGUGUUGAAUCUAUCGGGGAUAUUGUCUCGAAAAUGUGGAGAAAGCUAAGGGAGGCACACGAUGAUGGGAACCGUGUUAAGUGUGAACAGAAUUGCAGUAUGGGUUACGGUACAAAAGAUGAAUGUGGGGAAAUCUUCAACAUAGAACGGAAAAGUGUUAUUCCAUUUGGCCAAUCAAGUGAGGAUCCAUCUCUCAAGUGCGAAAAGGAGAGGAAGAUUAAAAAGGGUGAAGAGACGGGGAAGAGAGGUCGCAGCAAUGAACGGGGUACCGACCGGAGGAAAGAAGGCACUGUACAAGUUACCGACACGGAAGGGAUCCGAAGGCAACAAUCCAAGGGGAAAGAAGAACUGAUCUGGAAAAGCCUCACAGUGCAAGCAUCAACUCCAAAUGCGGAGGAAAGGAGAGAACUUCUGCGAAGAAGACAUGAAAAUAAAUUGAAAGAACAACUAGCGCGCAGGGAAAGGAAACUACGAAGAGAGGAAGAAAAGGUAAGAAAAAUAAAAAUGAAGGAGGAGAAAAAGAGAAUACGAGAAGAAAAAAAAAAAAUGAAAGAACAGGAAAGGAUAAAAAUGAGGGAGGAAAAAGUUAAUUUACGGAAGAUGAGGAAGUUGGAAAAAUGGCAAAAUAUAGAAAGGAUGAGAAGGUGGAAAAAAAUGAAGAAGUUGGAGAAGAUGGAAAAGCUUGGAAGGUUGGGAAGACGGGAAAGGAUAGAGGAGCAGGAAAAGCUGGAAAGACAGGGAAGGCUAGAUAGGACGGAAGGACUGGGUCCCAUGGGGAAGUUAGCUCAGCUUGAUUCGGUUGAUAGUGUGGAGAAAUUGGAAAGCUUAAAGAACAUCAUUGCGGAGAGGAAAAUGAACAAAGUUAACUGCUUUGCAAGUAAGAUUAAUUCCUCCCCUGGAAAAGAAGAAGGUAGUUGGCCGGAGGGUUCAAGUGAGUUAGGGGAGGCCCAUUGUACCCCUGAUUUCAUCACCAAUGUUGUGAAAAUAUCACUAGAGGACGAAGAAAAGAGAAGGCUCUUUUUGGAGAAGAAGCAAAAAGUGUUGAAAGUAAUGAGGAAGAAUGUCCUUGUUCAGGGGAAAGUGUACCUAGACGUGGGUUAUGGUGAUAAUACAAGUGGGGAUGAAGAGGGCGAUGAAUGGCAGGAAUUGGGGGAUUCCUCGUCAACGGGAAAUGCAGGUAGUUGGGUAGUCUCUUGGGUUCUCUACGGAAGAACAUGCAGAAAGAAAUUUCCAAUAGAAGAUUACGGUUUUGAGGAAGCUAGACAGAUGGCGGAGGAAUACAAAAGAGACCGGGUGAAUUUUAUCUUGAAUAACUUCUCUGAAUAUGAUACAUACGUUAGGGAAGCUCUGAACAAUGAUUCGGAGGAAGGAGGCGCAGUAGGAGCGUACAAAGAUGACAGAUGCACAGUGAUGGCAAACCAAGAGCAACUACAUCACGAAGAGUUGAUUGAGUUUUGUUGUGAGCUGCUAAAAAAUCCAGUGAGUGAAGAACACUGGAAAAACAAAGUGAAGUGGGUUCAGAAUAAAAAAAGUUGGAACAUUGAAAUUGUAAAGAAAGAACAAAAUAAGUUUAUUAGAGAGAAAAUAUAUUAUUCAGAAGAAAAGUACGGAUACAUAAUUGGCAAGUGUAUAGCCGUGUAUGAUUACCUGAACGCAGAACACAAGCUUCUGAAAAAUUACUUCGAUGUGAAUGUAGCCAACCUACAAUAUGAUAGUAAAAGACACGCAUGGAAAAUCUCUAGAUACGUUCCUAAUCAAUUAAACAAAAAAAAUUAUUAUUUUGAUGUAGGUGUAUAUGGAUGGAUGUACUCCAGAAAAUUAGGUCUCUUGUUGGCAAUUUAUUUAAAUACCAGGAGACCUGUUAAAAGUGAUGAGGACAUGCUAACUAGGAGUUGCUCUUUUGUGAGACAUUUGCAGGAUGAUUCCAUUGAGAGGAGAAAAUACCUUUUUCCGGAGAAUACUAUGGGGCAAGAUCACUUUAAAAAUGUAGAACCUAAAUUUCCUGAUGAUGUGAUGAUGAAAGGGGUAGAUUUGCCUGCACCGCUUCUGGAACGCGACCCCUGCACGGAAAAGAGUGUAAAAUAUUUUCAUGCGAAUGUAGUUGUGGAAGAGGCAUCGAAGGAAUGGAUGAAGGAGAAUGAAGUAAGUAGUUCCUGCGAUGGUACAGUUGAGGGGGGGUCACCAAGUAACAGGAUUGUAGCCAACACAGGGGAAGAAGAUGAAAGGGGGUACCGGAACGCGCCUGGUGGUCCUCUGGAAGGUGCUUCGGAAGAUAGCCCUCCUAUGGAGAUGGAUGAGUGGAACAGGGGGGAGGACAGCCUCGAUAGGCGAGACGAAGAGGUGAAGCGAGGGCGGAAGAGAAAGAAGAAGGCGAAGGGAGAAGAGGAGAAAUUUUCCAAUUGGGCAACCGAUGAUGAGGAUACGACAAACAAAAGGAGACAUUCCCAGAAUGAAGAAGAAAAAAUAAAAAAUAAAACAAUGAGACAGAGCGGAAGUGAUUUAAAAAAGUUGUACGAGAUGGUACACAACAGAAAGUAUUGCCAAUUGAAGGAAAUGCACACAUGUGGUGAAAAGGAGUUAUUAAAUUUUCUCUCUAAUGAAAAUGACAGGGCCUUGUUCUUGAUGGAAGACAUACACAUCCAAGGAGAGGACGAACACUAUUUGGUUAAUAUUUUGGAAAAUUAUUACUACUAUAAUUUGUGCCGGAAAAUGCUGAAAGUGAGGAAGAAACUUUCCAUGUGA